CUUUAACUUCUGUAUUUCUUAUGUUAAUAGCAGACUGACCAUCACAUUACGAAGCUGUUUGGCCGUGGCAGAAAAAUGAUACCACGUGGCCGGAAGUAGUGGUGCUACAGCAUUGAGUCCUCACUGGAUGCCCCGGAGGAUGGAAGUGGACUGUCUGGAGGCAUGUCUGCCCAGGAGCAGGUGCUGAAACAGCGAUCAGAGAUACUGCAUGCCCUGUGCAGCAGCGGGUCGGCAGAAGGUCUGGAAAGGAUAUUGGAUUUGUUGCUGGCUCAGGGGGUGGUUGUCUGGGAGGACUAUCAGAAUAUAGUGGUACCAGCCAGGGCUCUGUGCACCAAUGCCCGGCAGUUACUUGACCUGGUGUUCGGCAAAGGAGAGGAUGCAUGUGGGCUCCUCCUAGCUGCUCUUAGGCAGGUCCUAUCUGAGGCACAAAGGGCUGCCCUCUCCUUGGCAGACUGUUGCUCUAGUCGAGAAGAAACAGAUGGGCUCCAUGGCACAGCUACUCAGACCCUUCUUAAGGAGAGACCAGGUCUGGUCAGCAAGCUACAGGACUGUGUCGACGGUGCUCUCGAGGUACUGGUGGAAGCAGGGUGCUUUACCAAAGCAGACUCUGAUGACGUGCAGCUGCCUGUAUACACGCCCUCCCAACAGGCAAGGCAUUUACUCGACCACGCCAGAUCAAAAGGGGAGAAAGCAGCAAAGAUCCUACUACAAUUCAUUCAGGAGAAGGAGGGGCGUAGACUCCCAUCGAAACAGGACAAAUGGUCUCCUCCUGAAGUGUGCUUGCAGUACCAGAAGAAGCUUUGCAGCACUGUGUCUGCCCAGUCUCAUUUCCUCAGCACUUACGGGGGGACCAGUAACAUGUCUCUGGAUGACAUCUACAUUGAGAAUCACCUGGAAUUAUCUCAUGACUGCGCUGAUGCCCACCAAGUUUUGCACCUGACGGACAUAGUUGAUACGGCGGGCACAUUGAACGAGGAGGCGGAUACAGUGCUGGUAUCCGGGGAGGCAGGCAGUGGGAAGAGCACUCUACUGCAGCGACUUCACUUGCUCUGGGCGCGGGGGAUGGCUCUCCAUGACAUCCUCCUUUUGUUUCCAUUUAGCUGUCGCAAACUGAGCUCAGAGCACAGAGAACUGUCCCUCCAAGAGCUUCUGUUUCAGCAUUGCUGCUGGCCAGACAGAGAGCAGGACCAGUUAUUCCAGUUUAUCCUGGACAACCCACACCACAUCCUCUUCACUUUUGAUGGCCUGGACGAGCUCAAGCAACACUUUUCUGAUGAGCACAGGCACUGUUGCCCCACCCAGUGUGCACCGGUUCCUAUACUGUUGUUCAAUUUGCUCCAGGGCUCCUUGAUGAAGGGGGUGCUGAAAGUGGUGACAAGUCGCUUGGAGGCAGUGAACCCUGCACUGAGGAGAUACCUCCGCAAAGAGGUCCUCCUCAAAGGAUUUUCUGUAGAUGGGAUUGAUUGUUUUGUGAAGAAGAAUCACAGUGACCCCAUAGUGGCUGCUACAGUCCUACAGUCGCUGCAGAGCAACACAGCAUUACUGGCCCUGUGCCACACUCCAGUCCUCUGUUGGAUUAUCUCAAAGUGCCAUAAAGAACUGCUUGGCUGUGGAGAGAGUAGCCCACAAACCAUUACAGAUGUCUACUUGAUGAUCCUACAGCACUUCUUCCAGCACCAGAACCCUCAGAAGAGCACCCUGAGUUUGGGCUGGGUGUCGGGGCAUGUAGACACUGCUUUGCGUCUGGGACGGCUUGCCUUUGAAGGGAUGGGAAGCUGCUGUUACAUCUUCUCUGGUACGGAGCUAGAGACAAGUGGUGUAACUGAGGAAGAUAUCAGCAUGGGUUUUCUCACCCACAGCAACAAUCUCUCCUCUGUUGACUGUAAACAGUAUGAAUUCCUACAUGUGACCAUGCAAUGCUUCUUUGCUGCUCUGUAUAUUGUUCUGGACAAUAAUCUUGACCCUUCAGCCAUCUUUAAACUCUUUCAGCCACAGGAUAUGCAACAGACAAACAUAAGCAGUGCAUGUUUUGGGCUUUGCUUAACAUCCACUGUCCAGAAAGAAGGGGUUUGUGAGAAGGAAGCCAUGAUAGCCCAGACACCCAAUUUACAAAUCACAGCAACUUUUUUGGCUGGCCUUCUGUCCCAGCGGCAUCGAAGCCUUUUACUGCAAUGCUGCUCUGGUUCCACCCUGGAUAAGAAAUCCCGACAGGUGGUGAAAUGUCUGUCCAAAGGCAUGCAGAAGCACUUUAAGUCCAUCCCUCCACCUGUGGAAGGAGAGAAGAAGAGUAUGCAUGCUAUGCCAGACUUUGUUUGGCUUAUUAAAUGUAUCUAUGAGAUGCAGGAGACCAGGUUAGCUAAAGAUGUAAUGGCUAAACUGGAGGUGGAGCACUUGAAACUGACAUACUGUAACAUUGGCCCAGUGGAGUGCACAGCGCUGGCCUAUGUGCUUCAGCAUCUUAAGAACCCUGUUGGCCUGCAGUUGGACUACAACUCUGUAGGUGAUGUUGGGGUAGAGCAGCUUCUUCCUUGCAUGCACAUUUGUAAUUCCCUUUACCUUAGAAAUAAUAAUAUCUCAGAUGAGGGGAUCCGCAAAUUGGUUGCUAAGGGUAUCCAGUGUGAGAGCUUCCAGAAAAUUGCGCUUUUCAACAACAAGUUAACUGAUGUUUGCACUCAACACCUUUCUCAUCUUUUGAAGACAAAGCAGAAUUUCCUUGCCCUAAGAUUAGGCAACAAUAACAUAACAGCAGAAGGGGCAAAGCAACUAGCUGAGGGACUGAGAUUCAAUCAAUCACUGCAGUACCUAGGGCUUUGGGGGAAUAAGAUUGGCAAUACAGGUGCAGAAGCCCUUGCCAAUGCCCUAGAAGACAACAAAACUCUGACGUGGCUUAGCCUGGUAGACAAUGGUGUAGGGAGUGCAGGAGCCUGUGCGCUCGCCAAAGUUAUCAAGAAAACUACCACACUGCAUGAACUUUGGUUAAUGAACAAUUGCAUAACCAGAUCAGGGGUAGAAUGUCUGAUUCAAGCACUGACGCAUAAUACAAGCGUGAAGUCAGUGUGGUUAAGAGGAAAUGACGUCAGUGUGGAGGACGUAGAGGAGAUGUCACAACGUGAAGCCCGACUGAUAUUCUGACUGAAGCAAAAGUACACAUGUCAAGGACAAAAUGUUUUGCUUUCACGAAUGUAUUUAUAACCAAAUAAUAAAAGAACA